CCGCCCGGAAAUGUCUAUGACGCUUGCGCAAGGCCAGAAGGUAGUUCCGGUUCCGGUGCGGGGACUUUCGUUCCUGGUGGUCGGUUGUCGCGGUUGGUGGAUAGUAACUGAGCCAAGAUGUGGAAUCGGCUGGCUCUUCGUCAGAUUGCCCAGAGGACCAUAAGUACUGCUUCACGCAGGCAGUUUGAAAAUAAAGUUCCAGAGAAACAAAAGCUAUUUCAGGAGGAUAAUGGAAUUCCAGUGCAUCUGAAGGGUGGAGUAGCUGAUGCCCUCCUGUAUAGAGCCACUAUGAUCCUUACAGUUGGUGGAACAGCAUAUGCCAUAUAUCAGCUAGCUAUGGCUUCAUUUCCCAAGAAGCAGGAUUGACUUCAGUUUAUCAUCUCAGCAGGCAGUUGGUUCAGUUCCAUUCUGCUCUCUAUGGACCAGAUAAAUAAAUGAGUUCUUCUUUGGGGAUCAAUAUUUAUUGACUUAUACUAACUGCCACCAAUAAAGCAGACUUUACCAUG